AUGGAAAUCGAAAUCUCCUCUGUGAAAAUGCUCUAUAAACAUCUCAUUUUCUGCGCCGUUCAACGAUGCCGCAUGUCCGAUGCUCUUUGCAGGUUAUCCGUGAAAUUGACCUCGUUUUCUCGAUUAGCACUCCCGCUCGUUCGAAUAUCAGUUUCUGAUACUGGUGUUGGGAGCAAACCGGAGGAUUACCAAUAUCUGAAAUACCGAAACGACCCUACUCUGGCUAAUCAAUGGGAUGGGAUGAUUUCUCUUGCAACUACAAGCAUAUCUGAGAGCGAGAUAUACAAUUUAAACGUAAAUCUGAAAGAUUCUAAUUCUGCUGGGAGACUGACAAAGCUACCCUCAACUGCAAAGAAUGGUGCCAAAUUCAGUGGGACUGAAGUAUCAAUAUCAAUAUCCAAGAGCCUUGAUGACUUAUUGGCAGAGAUUACUUGCUUUCUUCAAAAGAUGAUCCUUCUGAAGAUUCCGAAAGUUGUAAUGGAACUCUUAGUAUGUGGUGAUGAUCCUUUAAGUUCACAGAUUGAAAGUCGUAUUCUGGCAACUGAGAGCAGCUCUGCAUAUUCUCCUGUUGAAAGCAUAGAAUGCUUGAAAGUGGGACUCAAGGAUUAUAUUCGUAAGCACCAAACUUGCUUCUCAAUUGGGGAAAACCUGAAGGUUGGAACUGGGGUUGCUAACUCUUCAGGUAGUUCUCAGGGAAAUAGCCAGGUGGUGGAAGCUGUUGUGAUUAUCAGUGAGAUGUCAGAACUAGUCCCUUCUUCCAGCAUCAGGGAACAAGACAUGAAAACAGAGAUCUUAUAUUUCAAAGACUUUGUACCUUGUUCUAUUGCUCAGUCAUCCCUCGAUGCAUUGACAAGCAUCAACUGGAAAAGCUAUGGGUUGGCUCUGCAGAGUGUUGCAGAUCAUGAUGAUAGUGUAAUGCUGGAAUGGGAGAACCUGCCACCAGAUUUCCAAAUUUAUAUUGCCAUCCAUUGUUACCAUAGAAAGGUGAAACAGUGGGUUGCAGAAAACAGUUUUCCUGAUCGAAAUCUAGCUAGAAAAGCUAUCAAGUGUUCUUUGGAUGACUUGAAAGAAAAUAAUCAAGGGGUUCUCCUAAGUACACGUGCACUUAAGACAUGUGAUUAUGCACCUGACCUUGCAAAAACGCUUGCUCGCCUGAUCUUAUCCUCCAAUGACUUGAACUUCCAAGAAGAAUGUUGUUCUCUUCUCGGGGUACAGUCUCAAGAGGUUAACACGGAUAAUGUUGGAAAUUGCAUCAGGGAGAAGAUAAUUUCAGUCAUCAGAUUAAAUGAUCGCAACUCCCAUAAGCAUAAAGAAGCCCCAACCUUCCUAUUUGAAGAUGAUUGUUUCCAGAAAGAGGAUUUCAUGGACGAGGAAUAUCAAGAAGGUGAAGAAGCUUACAACUCUUUGGAUCUGUAGAAGGUUAGGAGCAUUAUUAGAUGUCCAAUUAUUAAUUUCUUCUCUUAUUAUGUUUAUAGUUUACCUCACAAUCAAACUAUUCUAGUUACUUCUGCUUGGCUUUAUUAUUGCUAUGGAAAAGGGUAAAUGGAUUUAUCA